AUGGCUAGAGAAGAUCAUCACGAGAGCGCUACAGCAGCUGAAAAGCUCGCUCUCAUCAAGAGUCCUCUUAUAUCCUCCGACUCUAGUAUCGAUGGUCUUCCCACCAGGAGCCCCACGGCCCCUGAUUUGAGCCUCUUUGGUAACAGAUACGAGGAUGACUGCCCACAGUUCCAAAAGCACGAAGAUGCCAGUCUACUCGAGCUGUUCUACGAUCUCUUCUUCGCCGCCAACUACACUGUCUUUUGCGAAACACAAGGUGUUAACAGCCACGAACGCUUCAAAGCCUAUGUUGGCUACUUUAGUAUUCUGUGGAUCACAUGGCUCACAACGAGUCUGUAUGAUGUUCGAUUCGUAACAGACAGUCUCUUUGAACGUGCCGCUCGAGGUGUUCAUCUCGGAGUCAUGGUUGGAUUCGCCGUCGUUGCACCCAAGUUCACACCUCACGAUCAAAACAUGAAGACCAUGAGAACAAUGUCCAUCAUCCUCAUGGUCUCCCGUCUAUGCUUGGCUGUUGAAUACGGAAGCAUCCUCUGGCACGUCCGAAAGUACAAGAAGCAGGUUUUGCCAAUGGUGCUUCAAAUUGGCUUGAACUUUGCCCUUGCCAUGAUCUAUCUCGGCAUCACAUUCAGAUUUACGGACCACAAUAGCAACGUCUUCAUGUCUUGGUAUGUUCUCGCCGGCGUAGAGGUAAUCCUCACCUUUGCCAUUGCCUACAUCUUUCCGGUCUUGAGCUUCCAGGGUACGCAUUUGAUGAAGCGUAUCGGUCUGUUGACUGUCAUUAUUGUUGGCGACGGAAUCAUUACUAUUUCAAAGAGCGUUGUCACCAUCGUCGAAAGCCCUGAUGCAUGGAACGCUCAAACGAUUGGCAUUGUCACCGCCGCAGCGACAACCAUCUAUGCCGUCUUCCUCAUCUACUUCGACUGGAUGAAGAACCCUUACCUGCCCAAGUUCCGUCAACAACUCUGGACUCUCCUCCACUAUCCUCUACAUCUCGCCCUCUGCCUUUUCAUCCAGGGUUUCACGCAGCUCGUCAUCUGGACCAAGAUCUUUGAUGUUUUCAAGCACUUGAACUCAAGCUCAGUACUCCUGGACAACACAAGUCUCAUGGCCAAGGCAACAACCAAGAUCAUCGUCGACGAGCUACAGAAAGUUGUCACCAAGUUCUUCGAGACCUACACGCCUCAGUAUAUCACGACUUUGAACACGGCCGACGCUGCGCUGAAGAAUAUCUCUACUAUUAACGACACCUUCUGGCCACAGGUCGUCAAGUACUCUGAUACAAAUCUGGAUAAGGAUUUUCCUGAUCAGAACGACUACCAGACAUUCGUCGACGCCAUGAUUGGACUCAUGAGUGCCAUGGAGAACGCUUUGCUUGAGACCUUCAAGAUCAACCUCGCCAAAGAAGUUGAUGAUGAGAACAAGAGCAAAGGCAUACAGCAGACUGAUUCUGGUUUUGAAUCUGAACUCAAUGACAAGAUGUGGAUUCGUUUCCAACUUAUCUUCAACUAUACCUAUAUUGCCGCUGGUAUCUCCCUGAUCCUCAUGGUCUCUCUAGCCGUCAUCUCACGAACGAAACCAUGGAACAAAUGGGCCAUCACCCGUCACAUUCUCUUCACUCUCCUCGGCCUCGGCACCAGUCUCGUUGCAUCGAUAAGAUACAGUGCGACACGAUCCGCCGAUUAUCAACAGAGUUCUUGGAUGCUUCCUACUAUCACCAUUGUCUGGCUCGUUGUUCUUGUACUGACUCACAUUCGUAACCCGCCGCCUUUGUUCUUUAAGGGGAGUCAGUCCUUCUGGAGCAGAAGGAAGAAUAAUCAGUAA